GUCAACGUCUCUCGCGUUCUUCCCCCACCACGACCAACCGCAACCAUGUCUGACGAUGAGAUGAACAUUGACGAUGUGGCCUCCGGAGGCGCCGUCCGCCGCAGGGGCCGUGGCUUCCAGACUUCCAGGGGAGGCGGUGACUCGCAAGUCGGAGGGACCGAUCACACCUACGAUCGCGUCGAGUCGACGAAGGAGACGGAUACCAGGGCCCAGCGAUCCGUCGAAGGAUGGAUCAUCAUGGUCACCAACGUGCACGAAGAGGCUACUGAGGAGGACGUGAAUGACAAGUUUGCGGAGUACGGCGAGAUUAAGAACAUGCAUUUGAACCUCGACCGUCGGACGGGUUAUGUGAAGGGAUACGCGCUCGUGGAGUACGAGACGAUGGCAGAGGCGCAGGCUGCGAUCGACGGCGCCUCGGGCUCUUCCCUUCUGGAGCAGGUCAUUCAAUGUGACUACGCCUUCAUCCGUCCCCCACCUACUGGCCCUCGGCGCAAUGCUCGCGGUCGUAGCGCAAGCCCUACGCGUCGCCGCUAGUGCACUAUCUGCCCCUGCUCUUCGCUCUCUUUCGAUAGAAGCCAAAGGAGCCUCAUCCGCGUUCGCGCUCCUGUACUGAAGAUGUAAUAUAUUUUGCUAUUGUCAAGAAUAUGUCUUUGAAGGCCUAGGGAUACAUUAGUAUUGCCCUUGAGAGCCAUGGUCCCCUCCUCGAGCCCCCG